AUGUUGACAGAAUGUGUCCGAGAUAUUGCUCACAGUGCCAAUAAGCGUGCUGACCAGGUCGUCAUGUCACUCAGCAGGUGGCUCCACUCUUCGAACGCGCUACUGUUCGAUCCCGCUAUAACGAGAAGCGUCGGAAUCCUGGAGAGGAAGCUCGUCCUUCUAUUAGCAGCUGAGUGCGAACGGCUCGGUGCGAAGGUAAUCCAUGCAACGCCAACGCGUCUUGUGCUGGAUACGGGAAAAUGUGAACUAGAACAAGGCACGGCAUUCACGGAUCUUCUGUUGCAAUCACUUGGCCAAAAUCCUCUAUUCGCUGCCUUACACAUGAGACCAACUCAAACUUGGAGUACCUUGUUGUGGUAUGACGGGCAUAAUUUUACUGGUAUCUGUGAAAAAAUGGUAGAAAGUACUGACGAGGAGAGGGAGCCAUGUGAGCAGCUCAAAGCAGAAACGCAGCAUUAUUGGCGAAUGUCUGAUGAUCUGCCAACAGAGGGCGCCAUUCGGGAAGAGUUCCGAAAAAUAGCGACGGGAUAUGUGAUGUUGUUCAUGCAGGAGCAGCGGAAAACGAGUUUCGACACGGAAACAGCAGUGAAAUUCGUAAUGAUUGCUGAUAAACAGCACAUUGCCAUCCGGUUGUAUCGAGUCAUUCGAGGCUGCCGGUCCAACGUUCUAACACACCAGCAGUCUGCGUCACUUGUCAAAUGUAUCUGCACUGCGCUUUCGUGUGACUCAUCUGUUGAGGACAGCGUUGAAGGACUUCGGGAGAAUCUUCACCGGAUUUUGGAUUCUCAAGAAUCUCCUCCGACUCGGAAUACGAUAUAUUUGCCCAAUGUGUUCUGCAGUAACUGCUCUUUAUCUACCAAUCUCGAUGUAGGAGACGAGCUGUCGUGGACCUGCAAAGAAUGCAUUCGCAAGUCGAAUAUCGAUCAAAUGAUUGGUGAUCGAUUGAAUAUGCUAAUGACGGCGUAUUUUCUUCAGGAUCACAUACGACGGGAUAAUAUCUCAAAGUACUGUGAAUGCUCUGGAGAAUUUACAAACACGAUCACAGCCGCUGAGUUACUCCGGGAUGCAAAAACUGCGUGCGAUAUCGGUGAACAGUUCGAUCUACCCAUCACUGUGAAAUCAAGCCGAUGGAUGUGUGCAGGAGUGGAGGAGAACGGU